AUGGUCUCAACGCGCUCAACGAAAAGGCGCUCCCGCAGUCCUGUCGCAAGGACAGCUGAAAGUCGUCCAGCCAAAAUCGCCCGCAAGCGGAAACAGGCCGUACAAAAGCCGGUCAAAUCAUUCCAGGGUGUUGAGGCCAUCCUGCUAGAUAUAGGUGGGAGAUACUCGGUUGUGGCAAUUUUCAGUGCUGCGUGGAACUUCCCAUACGCUCUAAAAGCGCUCCCUGAUGUCCUCGCAUCAAAAUGGAAUGAUUCGACUUUCAUAUCCUACCGUGACGCUUUCCCGGAAUCAGCCGCCUCAUCGCCGGAAGCAUUCGAGACCCACGUCAAAGACCUCACAGAGAGAGAUGUAAAGAUUGCGUAUCUGAAGAACUUACAAGGCUACCUGUGGGAAAAUGGCUAUAAGACGAAUGUAUACUCAACACCUGUCUACCCUGAUGUACUGCAGAGCCUGGACACUUGGUCGUCCUCUACCGCCUCUGAUGCUGGCAAAAGCACCAGCAAAGAGAUAUCUAUCUACAGUAGCGGGUCAAUCUUUGCACAGAAGCUUUUGUUCCAACAUAUCAAAGACCCUGCUUCACCCGACGACCCCAAGGCUGUCUUGGACAAGCGCGACAUCAUUAAACAGUGGUUUGAUACCACGAACGCGGGUCUCAAACAAGAGGCUGGCAGCUACGCAAAGAUUGCGGCGGAAUUGGGCAGAGAUCCAAAGGAGAUAUUGUUCUUGAGUGACAAUGUCAACGAGGUGCGUGCGGCAAUUCAAGCGGGUAUGAAGGCGGCAGUGGUAGACAGGCCAGGAAACGCGCCUCUGUCUGAUCAGGAGAGGGAUGAAUUCGAAGUAGUGGAAAGCUUUGAGGAGAUUGAGCUGCGAGAGUAG